GAGCGAAAACUUGACGGAACGAAACGAGACGAAACACGACGAGACUAGACGAUACGAGAGAGCGAGGACGCGAGGAAGUGAAGCGAAUGGCGAAUGGUGCUGCCAGUCGGGACGAAGCGGGGGAGGAAGCGAGGCGAACGUUCGCGCGAGACUUACUAUUCUGACUAUUAGAGUGGUGCAAUGGUAGCCGUUGGUGAUAUUACCCGCUGGUGUCAGUUGUGAAUUCCAACGGAGGGAUUAACCGAGAGUGAAGGGCGUGUUUGUAAAGAUGCAUCAGUGCCGGAGUUCUCGGACUCUUGGCACGCUCGGUCCGGCCUUGGUGACGCUGCCGAGAGCAACAAGCGCGAGAUCAGCGCGAGGGUACAAUCGGGCGGUUUAGCUAUCGAACGUCGAAAGAGAGAGAGAGGAAGAGAGAGCACUCAAUGUGAAAACGGGACGGAGAGACUGCUCCGGGAAAUGAAACGGACCGAUUCUCUUUGGAAAUUUCAUGAACUCUCCGUAGCUUUCCGGUUCCUUCUGUAGAUAAGCGCACUAAGUGUGUGUGUGUAUGUGCGUGCGUGUAUGUGGGUGAUUCCUCGAGCACGGUGAAAUGUUUUCAUCGCCGGCGUCAGUGGUGGGCGAGCCGCCAGGCUACGACUUUCAGAAAGAGGAGAACGCUGCCAAGUGGAAGGGAGUGUUUGUCAACUCCCUACGUAAGGUACUAGAGCAAGUACAUCCUAGUCUCGAAGCUCGACAAGAUGCGUUAGAUUAUGUGGAGAGUUUAAUUUUAAGAAUGCUAGGCAUGCUUUGUGGACAUCCACCUCCUCAAACCCCCCAAGAUGUAGAGGAAAGAGUAAGACGAACAUUUCCUACUCCCAUUGACAGAUGGGCGCUGCGUGAUGCAAGGGAUGCAUUAGAGAAAGGAAAAAAAAAGUCGCCGUUAGUGCUACCCGUCGACAAGAUUCAUCAAUUACUACAAAAAGAAGUAUUACAGCACAAAAUUGAUUCACAAGUUAGUCUAUUUGUAGUUGGGGUUUUGGAAUAUAUUUCCGCUGAUAUUCUGAAGUUAGCUGGGAAUUAUGUGAAGAAUAUUCGCCAUGUAGAGAUUUCGUGCGAAGAUAUACGAGUUGCAAUGUACGCAGAUAUGGUAAGACGUUGUUUGUAGAAACAUACAAUCUGUGUUGUAUCUCUGUAUUGCAUCUUAAUCGAUCAAUGUACACUCUGUAUCAUAUUUUACUAUUUACAUUUUUUACAAUCAAUUUGAGUAUAUUGAUGUACAUAUAUAUGAACUAUUGAAAACAUAGACAUAACAUAUAUUGAUACACACUAUAAUUGUGAUAUUAAUAAUGUAGUUUAUAUUGUGUAAUACCUUAUUCCGAUUCAAUAUUUGGUCUGUAAAAUAUUUUUAUGUACAAUGAUAUAUUAUGAAGAGCUUAUAUAGAAAUUGAUUAAUACAAGUGGUAUUACAUUGCGCAUUAAAUAGAAAGUAAAUGCAGUAGAAAAAUAUGAUAUCUUGCUAGUAAUGGCUUGCUUAUUGUUCGAUUACGGAUCCGAAAUAAUCUUUUUGCCUUAUACAUUUAGUUUAUUUGAGAAUAUAUAUCAGGU